GAAGGAGGAGGUCUGAAUGUCUUCUCAUUGCAGUUCAGACAUCCACAGCCAGACACAACCAUCAACCUUUAUGACACCCAGAAAAUUGCAGAUUUACUCUAAAUUAUACACACUUCUGGAAGCAACCAGACACGUAUGAGACCAGCAGACUCUGAAAUGAUUCUUGCUUUUUUUUUUGCAUCUUUGUGGAUUUUGUGGUCGUCUUCUCUGAGGUUCAGAGCGUCUUUACCGGCACUUGAUCUGUGAAGAGCUCUCCGCUCCAUCUUCAGCUGCCUGAGACGUGAACCCCAGAAAGACUCUUAAUGAAUCAGUAUUCGCCGCUCGAUGCCAUGGCGUUCAACCGGCUGCUUUUGUAAUUCUCUCUGAAGGACGGAUCUUCAGGUGUAGUCGAGCGUCGUGGGAGAGUUACAGAGGAAACAUCACGCUGCCGAAGAUCCCAGAGUCUAACAUGGCUCUGAGCGUGUUAGGCGUGUUUCUGGGAUUGCUUCUGGAAGUUUCCACACACGGACCCUCCAGCGUUCCCAGAAGCUCAUGGAGGCAUGAUGAUGUGGAUUUGCUGGAGUUCUGGGAGCCGGAUGUGUUCAACUACACGACUCUCCUGCUGAGCGAGGAGCGCGGCGUGCUGUAUGUCGGCGCUCGAGAGGCCGUCUACCAGCUCAACAUGAGCAACGUCUCAGUCAAGAGCAACCAGCUGCUGUGGAAAGUUCCAGAGAACGACAUGUCCAUGUGUAUUUUAAAGGGGAAAUCUAAAGAGACGGACUGUCGAAACUACAUUCGAGUUUUGCAAGUGCUGGAUGAAGACACUCUGUAUGUUUGUGGGACUCAUGCGUUUCAACCCCUCUGUGAUUAUCUGUCGCUGCAGAGUUUCCGUUUGCAGGACAGAGCAGAGGACGGCCGGGGGAAAUGUUCCUUCGACCCGGCCCAGAGCUUCACCACCGUGAUGGUUGAUGGUGAGUUGUACUCUGGAACGGCGUAUAACUUCCUGGGCAGCGAGCCGAUCAUCUCCAGAUCUUCUCCGUCUCAGAGUUUACUGCGCACAGAGUAUUCAACGUCCUGGCUCAACGAGCCCAGUUUCGUCUUCGCUGAUGUGAUCCGAGAAGGGCAGAACAGCCCGGAUGGAGAUGACGAUAAGAUCUACUACUUCUUCACAGAGGUGUCGGUGGAGUACGAGUUCUUCGGGAAGCUGCUGAUCCCCAGAAUCGCUCGCGUUUGUAAGGGGGAUCUGGGAGGCCAGCGGACGCUGCAGAAGAAGUGGACGUCGUUUCUGAAGGCUAAGCUGGUUUGCUCAAUGCCGGAGCUCAACUUUGUGUUCAAUGUGGUUCAUGACGUGUUUAUUCUGAAAGCCCCGCACUGGAGAGACACUGUCAUAUAUGGGGUCUUCACAUCGCAGUGGGGGAAUGUCGGUCUGUCCGCUGUCUGUGCGUAUAACAUGAGUUCAGUGCAUGAGGUUUUCUCCAAAGGGAAGUACAUGCAGAAGGCUACGGUGGAACAGUCCCACACUAAGUGGGUCCGAUUUAAUGGCAUCACCCCGAGUCCCAGACCCGGAGCGUGCAUCAACAACCUGAACCGCAUGCAGAACAUCAACUCGUCCCUCCAGCUGCCCGAUAAGACCCUGCAGUUUGUGAAGGACCAUCCGCUGCUGGAGGACCCCGUGCUGCCCAUCGGAAACGGGCCCCGCCUCAUCACCAAAGACGUCAACUAUACACAGAUCGCCGUCCAGAGAGUUCAGGCCCUCGACGGGAACAUCCACGACGUCAUUUUCACCGGCACCGAUAAAGGUUUGCUGCACAAAUCGCUGGUGUUGGAGGGCGAGGUUCACACGGUGGAGGAGAUCCAGCUGCUGAAGAACACAGAGCCAAUUAAAACACUUCUGCUCUCCUCACAAGUGGGCCGGUUCCUGUAUGCUGGAGCGGACUCCGGUGUGGUUCAGUCUCCCACGGCGUUCUGUGAGAAGUACCUGUCCUGUGUGGACUGUGUUCUGGCACGGGACCCGUACUGCGCCUGGGACCCGCGCUCUACCUCCUGCGUCAAUAUUUUCCAGCAUGAUGCUGAUCCACGGAAGUUAAUUCAGAGCCUCAAAGGGGAUGCUGGGAUAUGCCCUACAGUCGCUCCUCUGGCGGUGGGCGACUAUCAGCAGGUGCUGGUGAAGCCGGGCAGCUCUGCCGAUCUGCCGUGUCAGGUGCGCUCAAACCUGGCUCAGGUGUUGUGGAAGCUCAACGGCCGCGUCCUGACCGAAGCCUCGCGCUUCCUCCUGCUGAGUGAGAACGGGCUGCUGAUCUACAGCGUGACUCCGGAGGACGCCGGGCGCUACGAGUGCUGGUCCGUCGAAGCGUCCGCGGGACAGAACUUCACCCGUCUGGUGGCGGGAUACGCGCUUCGACUGGAGCUUCCCGAGAGCGCACCGUCGAUAUCCGCUCAGCGUCCUUCAAGCGCUGCGUCUACGGUCCCGCCGGAGGAAGGUAAUACCAGUAACGGCUCGGGACUAACACCGACUCACACGGACGCGCCUUCACUAACAACCCCUCCCGGCAACGCCAUUAAACCCAAACACUACAUCCCUCCGGAGGUCAGCAACUUACCCACACGCACUGAGACGCUCGACCCCUCGGCUAAAUACAUUCAGCACGACAACAGCAUCGCCCUGCUGUCGCUCUUCCUGCUCUUCUUCCUGCUGUUCCUCGCCGCUCUGGUGUACAACUGUUACAUGCAGUACCUGCCGGCGCCGUGUCUCCGCCUGCGAUCCGCGCUGCUCGGCUCCAGCAAAAAGCCGCAGCCGGAGUAUGCAGCCUGCGAGGCCGGCCUGAUGGACCCAGUGCAGGAAAAGCCGGAUUCGGCCAAUCAGAACGGAGCGCAUCCGCUGCGUGCGCUCAGAGACACCGGAUACGAGACAGAACCGGAAUGCGGGAACGGCAAAGUUCCUUCCGGCAGUGACGAGGACGCCGACGACUGUCCCUCGAAAGAGCGGCCCUUCGACGUCGACUGCACAUCGCAGCCGAUUGAAUACGCAGACGCUGACGCGCCGUACUGAUGCGCCGUUUUUCACUCGCAUUCGCAGAAUCGCCGCAGCUCUGCAAGAACAAACGCAGAAUUCCAAAUAAGAUUCCAAAUUGGAAACAUUGUUUACCAAAUUGGUAAGUUUUGUGAUGUUUUCCAAAUUGGAGCACCGGACUGUUUUUGAAUAUUUGUGGGGCGUGUUCUCGCACUGCAAAAAUGUAUUUCUUAGUUUGAGUUUUUUUGUUAUGUUUUCUAUUACAAAUAUCUAAAUAUUCUUAAAUCAUUAUACAUUUUCUUGAGUCUUGCUUUAUGAAAGAAAAUUUUAAUGAAAGCUUUUGCUUAAAAUAAAAAAAUAAAAAAUUCAGUGUUUUCUUUUAGCAAAAUAUAAUUUCUUGUCAUUUUUCUUUUCUUUUGAUUUUUAGGUGAACCCCCACAAUUUUUUAUUUAAUAUAUUAAUUUUAUAUAAUUAUUAUUAUUAUUAUUAUUAUUAUUUAUGUUUUUGUUUUGUUUUGCACAAAAGGUCUCCUUUUCUUUUUUCUUUUUAUUUAUUUUUGCAUUUUGACAAAUUUCAUAACAGUAAUUAAAAAUAAUUAAAAUUAAAAUAAUAAAAUUUGUUAUUGUUCUGACAGGUUGAUUUCGAUGACUGUUACAUAUAUUUUUGGCCUUAUGCUUAUUAGACGAAAUCUGCCAAAAAUGUCACAAACAGCGCAAAAAAAAAAAAAUUAUAAUAAUAAUAAUUUAUAUAAAAAUAAAAAAUAAAUGUAUAUAUUGACAUUUUAAGCAUAAACUCACUUCAUUUUGAUAUUUUUUCAGAAGGCAAGACUUGAUAUCUUAAUUUUCCUUCUCUAGUCAAUGUAUCUUGAUUUAAGAAUGUUUAGAUAUAAGAUAUUCUAAGAGUAAAUCAUUCUUGCAGUGUUGGGUCUGAGCUGAAGUCGGGAUUGAAGGUUUUCUGGUCUGUCUGAAUCUCAGGGAUGCUUUCAGUGUCAUACACACAGGAUCUGCUCUGGAAGAGCUCAAACAUGGAGCCAGACUGAAAUGGGUUCCUGGCGUUUAUAAACCAGACCAAAAACACUGUGAUGUGUCUCUGUGGUUGUUUGCUGUUGGUGCAGAUGAGACGUCUAACACACUUAACCUGCGAAAGGGCCACUGUCUCAAAUAACAAUACAUUCGACUGUAGUCCAUAAACGUGAGCUUUAUGUUUCAGAUAUUUUUAAAGAUAUUAUAUUAUUUAAUUGUAUUUCAGCAAUAAUGGUGUAAAUAUCACAAAAAAUGUCAAGAAACCCCAAAAUUUAAAGAAAAACCAAUACUUUUUUGCAUAUAAGAACAUUUUUAGGACCAUAUUAUUCAUUUUUCUUUUGUUUCUCCAUUUUGACAAUAUUUCAUGACUGAUCUGAAAGAAAACUACUUUUUGGAGUUUUGUUUUGUUUUUCUUUUGUGUUUGGCUUAAAGUGGUGUUUUUUUUUUUUGGCAUUGUACAUUUCAUAUUUUGACAUUUAUUUCAGUGAUACUAAUACACAAAAAUCCCAUCCUGACUGGGUAAUUUUCAUGAUUGUAGUACAUAUAAGUUAUUUUUUGGUGAAAAACUAUUAACAAAAUGAAAAACUAUUAUUAUUAUUAUUUGUUUUUGCAUAAAAGGACCAUUUUAGGACUUUUUUGCAUUGAUUUUAAUACAAAAAUAGAUUCAUGACUGUAUUACAUAUAAAGUUUUUUGGCAUUGUGUUAAUUACUAUAUUAAGAAGACAUCUGCCCCUAAAUAUCACAAAAACAGUUUUUUACUUAUGCUAUAUAUAACUAUAACUUUUGAUUUCGGGCUGUAAUGUAAAAAAUUAUUUUAAGGAAAUUCUUUUGGCAUUUUGACAGUACUUUAUGACAGUGAUUUUAAUAUAAAUAAUAAUAAUAAAGAUGAUGAUAAAUUGCAUCCUGACAGGAUAAUAUUCAUGGCAUUACAAAUAAUUUUUUGGCAUUAUGAAAUUAUAGUGUUAAGAAAAAAAUGUGCUUAAAUCUCAUGAAAAAAAUAGGCAAAUUGUCUUGCAUGUUUUUCUUUUGAUUUUGGGGUGAAAUGUGACCUGGCCGUUGUUUUCCCGCGUGGCGUUUCUGAAUCUCCUG